CAUUAAUGUUCGUGCGUCCAAUCGCGUUGGUGGUGUGCCCUCGCGGGUUUUGCUAAAGUAAUACAAAUUAAUUAUAUUUUACAAUUUAUAUUGUUUAAAAAAUACCAGAAUCGUCGCAAGCUCAAUUCGCAAUUUAUUGAGCGCUCUGGCACCAAACUACAAACACAGUAUUUUCGUUGAGUGGAGUUCUUGUGAUAGAGUUCGUGUAGUUGUGUGGCGCGUUUAUUUGUGUAAGUGUGUGCGAGUGUGUACGAUUUAAAAAUAAAACGGCAAAUACAUAUCAAAAUAUUAAAAGCAAGAAACAAGAAGAAAAGGUCUGCUCGUGUAUUAACGUGAGUGAGUGUUUGUGUGUGUGCUCUGCUGUUCUGCACUAGUGUACGCGUGUGUGUGUGUUGGGGCUCUCGCUACCAAUACCAACAUAUGCACACACAUACAUUCUUCGUACGUGUUUACACCUUCUGAGCUGUUUGUGUAUUAAAGUUUUUUUUAUCGAUCCAUUACCAUUCAUACCAAACAUUCCGUGUGUGUGAAUUUUAUGGACGAAUCCAACUUCCGAUUCGCUUGUGGAAGUCAGCAGCUGGACCUUGGCCAGGUCAUCGCCGCCGCCACCACCAAGCAGCCAGAGAGCCUCGCAAAAAUGCAUUAAACAAUUACCAAAUUAAAUUGCAUGACAAAUCGAUCAAAUCAAAUCAUAAGAAGCGAAUAACAAACAAUUGAAGCAAACACAAGCAAGCAGAACAAAAUAUAUAACACUUCUGUAUAAACAGAAAAUCCAACACUCUGGCCUUAAAAGCAUAUAUUGUCAGCCGUAACCCUGUCAUUGCAUCCUGGUUGCUGCACAUGUAACAGCUGCUUCGCUCUCGCUAACAUCCCAUCCAUAUUCAUCCAAACCAAUAAACCAUAUGAGCAGCAUGAGUCUGUGGAAGCGCAUCUCGAGCCAUGCCGACUGCGAGCAGCGCAUGGCGGCUUACUACAAUAAGAAGGGUCUGUACGACCUGCGCCUCUGCUUGGCGCCCUGGAUCGAAGACAGAAUAAUGUCAGAGCAGAUAACUCCUAAUUCGACAAAUCAAUUGGAACACGUUGCCGUCAAGUUCAUUGAGGAUCUGCAGCAGAAACUUUUAUCAACACGCGCCAGUGAUCAGGUGCUGAAGUAUCGUCUGGUUGAGCUCUGUGCGCUGAUCCAACGCACCCCGGCCCUUGAGCUAUAUACGCAUCUGCGCAGCGGAGUGCAGAAGGAACUGCAGUUAGCAGCCGAGAAGAGUGUCGCCGUUGCCAGCGCAGGCCAAUCGAUGCCGCUGAACACAUAUAACAUGAACAAUGCCGCAGUUGCCGCAGCCGUUGGUAUGAACACUGGCUAUGUCGAUGCUAGUGAUUUGCUAGGAGUUGCCGGUACCGGAGUAUCCCCAGUGGCUGGUGGCAUGCCAGCUGGAAUAAUGCAUAAUAUGGCCGAAACCGCUGCGCCCGGCAGAGUGGGCCCAGCUAAAAUGGAGUUGUAUGAAGUACAUAAUCAGAUAUUCCAAAGCUUCAACGAAUUCACCACAUGCUCCGAGAGUCUGAAAGUCUUGGUGCAGAACUAUCGCUAUAUGCUAAACGCACCCAAUUCGCCCGAUGCGGAACGUCUGUUCAAGAGUUUGAUUGAGGACAAGGCCGCCCUGGUGGCCAGGCUGCGACGCAGCUUUAUGUUCUACGAUCAACUGCAAGAUAUGGUCAUAACGGAACUUAAGAACUGGCGGCGCCAACAGGCUCUAGCCGGGAAUGGAGCACAGUUUAGCGAGAAUAUGCUGGAUGAUAUACAGCGGUGCUUUGAGCUGCUGGAAUCUUUUGUCACCCAUCUGCUGACGGCUGUCAAGGAGACGCUCCUGGUGCGCAUCGUAAACGAUGAUCCCGAUCUGAACUGUCUGCUCGAACAAGUGCAGGUGGCACAAAAGAAUCUAGUGUGCUCUGCUUUCAUUGUGGACAAACAGCCGCCGCAGGUAAUGAAGACAAACACACGCUUUGCGGCCUCAGUGCGUUGGCUGCUUGGAUCCCAGCUGGGCAUACACAUGAAUCCGCCCACAGUCGAGUGUAUUAUAAUGUCUGAGUUGCAGGCACAGCGCUUUGUGACGCGCGGCACACAUAUGGAUGUGACCAAUGGCAGCCUCGCUGGACAGUCGUCGGGCGAGAUACAGAACUGCUCCAGCACCAUGGAGUAUCAGCAGAGCAGUCAUGUAUUCUCCGCGAGCUUCAGAAACAUGCAGCUCAAGAAGAUCAAGCGCGCCGAGAAGAAGGGCACCGAAAGCGUCAUGGAUGAAAAGUUUGCAUUGUUCUUCUAUGCGACCACAACAGUGAAUGAUUAUCAGAUUCGCGUCUGGACACUGUCGCUGCCGGUGGUGGUUAUUGUUCAUGGUAACCAGGAGCCGCAAUCGUGGGCCACCAUUACUUGGGACAAUGCAUUCGCUGAUAUUGUGCGUGAUCCGUUCGUGGUCACAGAUCGCGUCACUUGGCGUCAGUUGUCAGUCGCACUCAACACCAAAUUCGGCUCCUGCACACAGCGCGCCCUGACAGCGGAGAACUUGGAGUUUUUAUUCGAGAAGCUGCAGCGUGAUAAUAUUGCCGGCGAGCGCAAUGAGUAUAUUUCAUGGAAUCAAUUUUGUAAGGAGCCACUGCCGGAUCGUACUUUCACUUUCUGGGAAUGGUUCUUUGCCAUUAUGAAGCUGACCAAAGACCACUUGUUAUCCAUGUGGAAAGCCGGCCGCAUUACGGGCUUCAUCAACAAGGCCAAGGCACACGACGAUCUCUUGCGCGCCGUUACUGGCAUUGGCACAUUUCUGUUGCGUUUCUCCGAUAGUGAAUUGGGUGGCGUUACCAUUGCCUAUGUGAACGCUUGUGGAUCGGUGACAAUGCUUUCGCCAUGGACUGCACGGGAUUUCCAAAUACUCAAUUUGGCUGAUCGCAUACGCGAUCUGGAUAUGCUGCGUUGCCUGCAUCCGACCGACGUCAAUGUGCAACCAUUGGAUCGCGAUCUCGCUUUUGGCGACUUUUAUACACAGCGCGCUGAACCAACGCCCCGCGUCGAUGGAUAUGUUCCCAGCACGAUACGCGUGCAGGUGCGUACCAGUGGGGAUACGGGCUCCAUCAGUGGCACGCCCCAUCACCCAAUGCAGUCACCGCCGCAGGAUAGCAUGUCGAUGGGAAAUGGUAGUGAUUUUCCCAUGACGGACUUUGAUACGAUGCAGAAUUUUGAUGUGUAUAAACUAUAAACCUAUUCAGAGCAUACGAAAUAUUUAUAUAUAUAUAUAUUUAUAUAUAUAUAUAUUUAUAUAUAUAUAUAUGCAAAUCAAAUAUAUAGAAUGUAUGUGAAGAAAAAAAAAAAAAAGAAAUGUUUAAUGAAAUCACACAAACAAGUGAAUCCUAUAAGUGUUUUCGAGAAUUUGCCGCUAUUAACGACGUCCAUUAGAUGUUUACUGUAAUCAAUCAACCAAUAUAUCCUACAAUUCACACAAAAUCGGGCACAUCGACUUUAACUUAUCAAACUGUUUAAAUCCAAAUAUAAAUUGAACAUAUUUGGAAUGCAUCAUUGUGGCAUGUGUUUUAUUUUUGCAUUUGUGAAACGCCAAAAAAACGAAUCAACUAAACGACAAGAGCAAUGCAUGCAAAUUGCGGCACUUCAACACACACACACACAAACACACCCACACAACCCACACACACAUACGCACACGGUAUACCCAGAUAUUAAGAUUUUGAAUUUCGCUUAAAUAUGAAUAUGCAUUUCAUGUACCCGAUUUGCAAGUGUGUGCGUGUGUGGGUGCUUUAGACACGACUUUGUAAAUUUUGUCAAAUGUCUGUAAUGAAAAUGAUUUAAUUUUAAUGGAUUGCGUGACGUGAAGAGCACGUGAAUUUAGUUAGUUUCCUUUUGUAACUACGUAUAUUUGUUGAAUCUAAAUUUGUGAGUUUUAUUAUAAUUUUAAAUCGUUUAUUUUGUAUACGUUUAAGUUAUUUAGUUGGGACACAAAUGUACCUCAAUUGUGCUCAUUUUAGUUAUACGUUAUACAUUACGUACGUACGUAUUAUAUACAUAUUAAUAUCUGUAUAUGCAUGCAUAUAUAUCUACAUAUAUGUCUAUAUAUUGCUUUAUGUAUAAAUCCUUUUUCAUUGGCUUCCAUGCUGCAAAUGCAAACAAAUUUCAUUUAUGUACUAUAUUUGAUAUGAUUUUCGUUAAGGACAAAGUGUGCAUUGCAUUAAAAAUGCGUUAAAAAAAAAAAAAUUAAAAAAAAAAAUAAUAAUAAUAAAAAUAUAUAAACAAACUGUUGCUUCUGUCGCCCACGCCAAGGACACAAAAGCAUGAGAAACGAUAAACAGAUGAAACGUAGACGGGACGAUAAGGAUGAAAAUGAUAUACGAAAUAAAUACUAUUUUUUUGUGUAAACAAUUAAGCUUUUAAUGUGAAACUGUAAGAAUUUUAUAAUACUUCUAAGUAACCCAACUUAAUCAAUAAAUAUAUACACACUAUAUAUAUACAAACAAACGAAAAUAUAUAUAUAUACAAAGAUUUAAAAACCAACGAAGUUAAUUACACAUUUUUGUGCAGCUGCUAAAGCAAAUUUGAAUUGAGCAACGACAAACUCUUUAUGUGUGUUCGUGUUGAACGUAAAGUUUUCAAUUUCAAUUAAAUGUUUAAAUAUAAAUUACAACUCGCGCACGCAUUCCCAGAAAUACACACACACACUCACACACACAGACAUACACCACACACAGUCACUCUGAAAUUGGGAAAUAUUUUUGAAAAUGUGCACAUUUAUUGAUAAAAAUGGAGUUAUUUUUUUAAGUGUAAGCAAUAUACGAAUUGAAAGAACUAAAGAACUAUUCUUGUCAAAAUGGCCAAUAAAGAUUUGAUUUUUAACAUAA